UGAACGAGCUCUGUUUUAGAAAGACCUUCCUGAAACUCCGAGUUUCCGAGCAGACGAAAAUGGCUUCCAUUUAUUUAUCUCCCAUAGUUCGAACAGGAUGUGUUCAGACGAAAACAAGCCCAAGUAGAUCAUCCAUGGCUUUCAGCUGGAUCCCGCUCAUCAAAUCCUCACUUGGGUCCUCCAAAUCAACACUUUUCCAACAUGGCCUCUCUUUACAAUCCUCUUACUCAAAUGGGCGCUUCUUCAAAUCCCGAUCCUUGGUUGUUUAUGCAAGAGCUGCUACAGAGAAAUCUCUAUAUGAUUUCACAGUCAAGGAUAUCGAUGGGAAGGAUGUUACUCUUAGCAAAUUUAAGGGGAAGGUUCUUUUGAUAGUCAACGUUGCUUCAAAAUGUGGCUUGACCUCUUCAAAUUACUCAGAAUUGUCACAUGUGUACGAGAAGUACAAAACUCAAGGAUUUGAGAUUCUAGCUUUCCCUUGCAAUCAGUUUGGGGGCCAGGAACCGGGAUCAAAUACAGAAAUCAAGCAGUUUGCUUGUACACGGUAUAAAGCCGAGUUCCCUAUUUUUGAUAAGGUUGAUGUCAAUGGUCCCAGCACAGCUCCGGUUUAUCAGUUUCUGAAAUCAAGUGCGGGAGGUUUCUUAGGUGACAUUAUCAAGUGGAAUUUUGAGAAGUUUUUGGUGGACAAGAAUGGUAAAGUAGUGGAGAGAUAUCCACCAACAACAUCACCUUUUCAAAUUGAGAAAGAUAUUCAGAAACUGGUUGCUGCUUGAGUAAAAGGGCAGCACAACACUGACAGAGCGCACAGUAAAGGAAGACAGGGGAGGAGCAUUGUUUUAUAUGAGGAAAUACUGUAUAUCAAAUGGCUUCUAAGUUCAUACAUAGCUGUCUUGUCUGUAGUAUUUUUGUUCUUUUAUUUAUGAACACACAUGUUCUUGCUUAGUUUAUCUUCUUCGGUUGCCUAAUAGCAUAAAUUACUAGAUGUGCUCCUAAUUUGAUAUUUGGUUUUCUAUUCU